UUUGCUGCUCUCUUUUAUCUUCUCCUUCUCAUGAUUCUUCUGUAAAGAUUCAGGUUCUCCUCACUCUUUUUGAGUCAUAUUAAACAUAGCAGAUCAGAUCCACAACAGAUUCAUAGGAGCUUGUAUAGAGAUUCAUCAUCAUCUUCAUCAUUACCAUCCUCUCUACCUAUUUUCUCGUUUCUCUUUCACAGCACUUGGUGUUGCCUUGGCUGUGUUGUGUUGUCUGCUGGUUGCUGGUGUUACUGUGGUGUGUCUGUUUGUGCUGCCUGCCACGUUGGAUAUAUGCAUCACAUCGUAACAAGGAUCCAACAAACAGACCAGGCCAUUGUGAUCACGUCCACUCAUUUAUAACUUAUCCAGUUUUCAUCAUUCUUUUGUUGGGAGAUCAAAUUAAAUUAUUAUCAUCAUUUAACAGACCUUCAAUCAAACCAAACCAAAGAGUAAGAAAAGUAUUGAGUUAACUUUGUGUGAACCAACAAGUGAAGCUAAAAAGGAAGUAAAGAAACUGGCCUUAUAUAAAAAUAUGCCUGGAUCCGGAGGUCACCGUAAUAUUGGUAAUAAUCCAAGUGGUGGCGGUGGCGGUGGAGGAGGAGGCGGCAGUGGUAGUGGUACCAGUGGAAGUGGAAUUGCUAGUAGCAGUGCUGCACGUCGCUCCGAUUUUCCACUGCGUAUUCUUGUACUGUCAGACAUGGUUGGAGCUAUUAUUGGACGAUCAGGCAACACUAUUCGUUAUAUUACAGAGGAAACUCGAGCUCGUGUUGAUGUACACAGGAAAGAAAAUUCCGGUUCAAUGGAAAAAGUUAUUACAAUUUAUGGUAGCCCGGAAAAUUGCUCCAAGGCCUGUGAAAAGAUUAUGGAGGUGAUGCAAAUGGAAUCUGAUAGUACCAAUAGAGGAGAAAUACCGCUUAAAAUACUUGCUCACAAUAGUCUAAUUGGCCGGGUAAUUGGUAAAAACGGAGCUACAAUCAAACGUAUUAUGGAAAGUACUAAUACAAAAAUAACGGUAUCUAAUAACCUCCAUGAUGUUAACUCUUUUAACAUGGAGCGUGUGAUUGAAAUACGAGGUCGUUUAUCUGAUAUAUGUGCCGCUGAACAAAUGAUCAGUAAUAAGUUGAGACAAAGUUAUGAAAGUGAUUUAGCUGCCAUGGCACCGACGAUGCCAAUGUAUCCGGGACUUCAUCCAAUGGCAAUAAUGUCAACCUAUGGAUCAGCCGCUGCCGCUGCAGCGCACAGUUAUCAUCCUCCCGGCCCUCCAGUUCCUCCAGGUCCACCGCCACCUCACGGAAGAGGUUCUGGACCUGGUAGUGGACCUGGAGGCGGUGGUGGUGGGGGCCCAGGAAGUGCUCACCAUCAUAGUGCCGGUGGACCAGGUCAUCAUCAUCAUCAUCAUCCUUUAGGUCCUCAUCAUCCAGCGACAGCUGGACCUGGACCUGGACCAUCAUCAUACGGUCUCUAUGGUAGCCCAUCCUACAUACCUCCUGUUAUGCCUUAUGGUACACCACCUCCUCCUCCUCCAUUGCCAUUAGCGGCAGGUCCCGGUGGGUCACCGUUAUCAUCUUUGACAUCAGAGCAAACCAAGGAAACUGUCUACUUGUAUAUACCUAAUGCCGCUGUCGGUGCCAUAAUUGGUACUGGAGGUAGUACCAUUCGAGAUAUGAUCAACUCUUCUGGUGCAAGUAUUAAGGUUGCUCAGCCUCCCAAAGAUGAAAAAUCUAGGCAGACGCCACCUAAUGAUCAACAACGACAGUCUUUAAGCCAAGAGCCUCUAGCUCAACCUGAACCGACACAGCAGUCCUCAGAGACGCAACAACAGACGCAACAGCAAGCUCAACAACAACAACAACCACAAUCACCUUCGUCUGUACAGUCGUCUUCUUCCUCUCCCUCUCAAGUUUCCUCUCAACUGCCAUCACCUUUAUCGCAAACGUCUGAUAAUAGAACGAAUGAGAGAAAAGUAACCAUAGUAGGGACGCCUGAGGCACAAUGGAAAGCUCAGUUCAUGAUAUUUAGGAAAGUUGGUUAUGAAGGACUGUCGGGUCCUCAGGAAGCUGCUUUGAAAGUGGAAAUUAUGGUUCCUUCGAACCAAGUGGGACGUAUAAUUGGCAAAGGUGGAGUUACUGUUCGCGAGCUUCAAAAUUAUACUCAUGCAAUCAUCAAAUUACCUGAAGAAGGACAAAAUAGUUCUUCAGAGGAGACACCAGUCCAUAUUAUUGGAGAUUUUCUCGCCACACAAGCCGCUCAAAGGCAAAUACGAACAUUGGUGAACAGAGGGAAAUAUACCAAUAGUCGAAAAGAGACUGGAGAUCGAAGUGACAAAAGUGACCGGGGUAUUGAACGAACUGGUCGUGCUGAACGAACUGACAAAAGCGCUACUGUUGGUGAUACUGGACCCGUCAGUGGUGACGGUGUUAACUUAGAGAAGAAUACUUCAAGUCAUCAAGUGUGAAACACUGGAUUGACUGUGACAUUGAGUUAUCUGUUUCUAAUCUCUUUUGUCUGUCUUUUCUUCAAUCUAUCUCUAUUUUCUUUUUCCUUCUCUAAUUGUCUGAGGUCAAUUUUAUUGAUCAAAUUUGUUGGAGAAUCUUUUGGGAGUGUCACCUCAAUAAGGUAUUCGGGGCAAGGCGCGGUUGAGUGUCUUGACAUCUCUUGGCCAAGUUUAUCUUUCGUUUAUCUCUGUAUGUACCUCUCUUGAGGAGUUAAUCUAAUUGCACGGACACCUUAUAAAACUAAAAGAUGCUUUUGAUACCAUUUAAA